CUGUGAUAGACGAACGUUUCGUUUUGAACUAAAUCCACAUAAAUUUGCGAACAGGCCAUUUUUGCAAUUUUGUCAAAUUUUUUUGAUGCUCUUGUUGGCACAUUCACCAGCGAAGGCAGCAACCGAACACACAUAGACAAUGGAACCAAAAGAAGCAACGACUUCAGAAACCCUAGAUCACAAUCAUCAGAUUUCUCAAGAACACAACGUAGACCCUCACCACGACCUUGAUGGUAACAUCGAUACAAGUACAAGAGAAACGGAGGAUACGUUUUUCUCCUCGACUUCUUCGCCAAUCAGUCAAAAGGAGAUUGUAAGAGCAGUAGAAGUGGUAGAGAGGGAUUCCCUCGCCAUUGCUGAUAGCUUUUCAUCUCUAUUCGCAUCUCUCCGAAUUGCUCUCUCCGAGGUUAGCAGCCGCUCUGUUGAUCAUGUACAAUGCUUCAGUGAUGCUGCUGGGCGUCUUCAAGAAUCUGCAUUGGAUACUGCAACAAAGGGGAAUCUGUACAUAAACUCAUGUCUCAGAUUGAAUGAGGAAAUGAGAGGCAUUGACACCCUAGCAAUGCAACUAAAGGUGUUGCGUAGAAACGUUGAUGCUUUGGAUACUGCUGUGAAUACCCUUGUUCGUUUUCCUUGAUGUGUUAUUAUCAUUAUUUUUUAACUGAGGUUUUUAUUGAUUUGAAUACAUUUGCCCAUUAAUAUUAAUUGUUAUAUACUCUGG